GGAAUGUCACACUUGUCAUAAAUCAUGCUGUUUGUUCGCGUUGUCUUAUAAAAAUAAACGUGUAGUUCCAUUACAGGUUUAGGCACUUUUUUCGGAAAUCCUUAACAUUAAUUAAGGACGUCCGUCGUAAAUGUGUAGUUAUUACUUGUGAUUUUGUGCAAAGAAUUAAGUGAUAUACAACGUUGAAUUGGAAUUUGUCAAUGGGCGAAUAAUAGCGACACACUUCGAAAGAUCGAUCCGAGAUAUUUGUUAAUAACAAAACGAAGCAAAUCUACAAAGAAAUCCCCCAAUGUCAUGUAUGCGCGAUGGCACAAAGUUCAGAGGUUGAUGCAGAAUGAAGGAUUAUUUUAUAGUAUUAACACGACGCUUACCAGGCGCAUACGAACUACUUCUAAUUUACAUAUUAAACUAAUGACAAUCAAAUAUGGUAUAGACCUAAAUAAAAGUUAACGAUGGAAAUUAGCGAGUGUUUUAAAACAGUGAUAUUAAAUUAUGGCAAGAAAAAGAAAAAUUUUAAAACUGUUUAUUGGUGUAAUUGUCGGACUUAUCUCGACGUCGUUGUUUAAACAAAACGGCGAGACGCGGAAGAACGUUAGCUCGUGUGUUGCGAAUUAUGACGUGUACGAUAGUGGCGAAUAUAUCCAAAGUGUAAUUAACGAUACCAAUGAAUUUUUACUGGCCGGUGUAAUGACCGCAAAAAAAUACGUAAAUACGCGCGCGAAAGCGGUCUACGAAACUUGGGGCAAAAAUGUGCCUGGAAAAAUACUCUUCUUCAGCUCGGAAGAAUCGCGAAGCAACGAAUUACCUCUCAUCCCACUGUCCGGCAUUGACGAUAACUACCCGCCCCAAAGGAAAUCGUUUGCGAUGCUGAAGUACAUGCACGACAAUUACAUUGACAAGUACGAAUGGUUUCUUCGAGCCGACGACGAUCUCUACGUGAGAACCGAACGACUGGAAGAACUACUGAGAUCCGUCGACAGCAACAAACCGUGGUUUAUAGGUCAGGCCGGAAGAGGGAAACCCCACGAAAUUCGGUCCUUGGCUCUGAAAAGGAACGAGAAUUACUGCAUGGGUGGUCCGGGUAUUAUUUUAAGUAGGGACACCUUAAAACGCAUCGUGCCGAAUAUUGAGGAAUGUCUUAGGAAUCUUUACUCUAACCAUGAAGAUGUUGAGCUUGGGAGAUGCGUCAGGAAAUUUACUGGAAUUUCUUGUACGUGGGCAUAUGAGGUGAGUUGA